UAUAUAUUCUUUUCUCCACUUUGCUAAACCAGUAGCACGCGUGUAUUGUUCUUCCCCUUGGCCUUUACACUCCCAAACUUCUGUGAUUUUUUGUUCUGAGAGAAGGUGUGACUGGGGAUUGCCGGCAUGGGACGCCUGAGCAGUUGCAGUGGUUGGCUUCUGAUGUAAAUAUUACAUGCAACAAAAGAAAAAGGCAGCUGAAGUAAUUUGAUUGUGUUUACUUGUUUAAACCACCCCUAACGGCUCUUUUACCUGCUUCCUUCAUAUAUAGAAAGGAAAAGCUGAUUUUGGCAUCUGGGCUCCUAGUCUUUUGAACUUUCUAUUCAAUGGGAAAGAGAGUGGAUGCUGUUUUGUGCUGUUUGGCUUUCUUAUCCUUAUGGGCGUCAGCAACUGGUUUGCUUUCUGCUAAAGGCAUCAACUAUGAAGUGCUAGCUUUGAUGGACAUUAGCCGCUCUCUGAAGGAUCCUCAUAAUGUUCUUGAAAGUUGGGAUGAGACUGCUGUGGAUCCAUGUAGCUGGUUUAUGGUCACUUGUUCUCCUGAUGGUUUGGUAAUUGGGCUAGGAACUCCAAGCCAGGACUUGUCUGGUAUUCUGUCACCAAGCAUCAGCAACUUGACAAAUCUCCAGUUUGUACUCCUGCAAAAUAACAAAAUAUCAGGACAAAUCCCCUCUGAGCUUGGCAGACUCCAAAAGCUUAAAACACUUGAUCUUUCUAAUAACUUCUUCACUGGUCAACUUCCCAAUACUCUAUACCACUUGAAAGGCCUCCAAUACCUGCGGCUAAACAACAAUAGUCUCACCGGAGCAAUUCCUUCAGCUUUGGCAAACAUGACCCAGCUUGCUUUUCUGGAUCUGUCUUAUAACAAUUUGAGUGGUCCUGUACCCAGGUUGCAUGAUAUUAAGACAUUCAAUGUUGUUGGAAACCCUUUGAUAUGUGCCCCCGGAACAGAGAACGAUGGCUGCCGGACAUCGUCGCCGUCACCUUCUUAUACCUUGAAUAAUUCCCAAAACUCUCAACCUUCUGGAACAACUAAAAGCCACAAAAUUGCCUUGGCCUUUGGUUCAAGCCUAGGGUGUAUCUGCCUGUUAAUUCUUGGGUGUGGUUUCCUUCUUUGGUGGAGACAACGACACAACCAGCAAAUAUUCUUUGAUGUUUAUGAACACCAUGAAGAACUUUGCCUAGGAAACUUGAAGAAAUUUCAGCUUAAAGAAUUACAAAUUGCUACAAACAACUUCAGCAGCAAGAACCUGAUUGGCAAGGGUGGUUUCGGCAAUGUCUACAAAGGCUAUCUUCAAGAUGGUACAGUAGUAGCUGUGAAAAGGCUCAAAGAUGGAAAUGCCAUUGGGGGUGAGAUCCAAUUUCAAACAGAAGUUGAGAUGAUCAGCCUAGCAGUGCACCGGAAUCUCCUCCGCCUCUAUGGAUUUUGUAUGACGGCCACGGAGAGGCUUUUGGUUUACCCAUACAUGUCAAAUGGGAGUGUUGCUUCCCGUCUCAAAGCAAAGCCAGCUCUGGAUUGGGGUACAAGGAAAAGAAUUGCCUUGGGAGCUGCAAGGGGUUUGCUAUACUUGCACGAACAGUGUGAUCCCAAGAUAAUUCACAGGGAUGUGAAGGCAGCAAAUAUAUUGCUUGACGACUACUGCGAGGCUGUGGUAGGAGAUUUUGGACUGGCAAAGCUGUUGGAUCACCAAGAUUCACACGUGACAACAGCAGUAAGAGGAACAGUGGGGCACAUAGCUCCGGAGUAUCUCUCAACAGGCCAGUCUUCUGAGAAAACAGAUGUUUUUGGGUUUGGGAUCCUUCUACUUGAACUAAUAUCUGGUCAAAGAGCUCUAGAGUUUGGCAAAGCGGCAAACCAGAAAGGAGUCAUGCUCGACUGGGUGAAGAAAAUUCAUCAGGAAAGAAAGCUUGAUGUGCUGGUUGACAAGGACCUGAAGAACAACUACGAUCGAAUAGAGCUUGAAGAAAUGGUUCGAGUGGCUUUAUUGUGCACCCAAUACCUUCCAAGUCACAGACCAAAGAUGUCUGAAGUGGUCCGGAUGCUGGAAGGAGAUGGGCUUGCAGAAAAGUGGGAAGCUUCCCAUAGAAAUGAAUCAACCAGAGGCAGAGCCAAUGAAUUCUCCUCCUCGGAGCGAUACUCAGAUCUUACUGAUGACUCUUCCUUGCUUGUCCAAGCAAUGGAGCUCUCUGGACCCAGGUGACACAUGACAUGGUUGUGGAAAAUGAGACCAAACCAGUUAUACAAUAAUAUGAGUGAAAAAUCCCUGUCGAAAUGAGUUUGCUGUAUAUUAGAUGAUAUUGAACCUUCAAGGAAUUGUGUUCGCUUCUGACUGUACAGAAUCUGACGUUUAGGUGAGUGUUACGUGUCCUUUUGUUUCUGCUGAGUGAAGAAAUUUUUGGGGCAAAUGUCAUAGUGAGGACUUGAACUUGUAAGAAUAAUGAAUUUGUUUGUUUUAAUUAA